GAGCGAGAGAGAGAGAGGGAGGGAGCUGGCUCUCAGACUUGUCUUCUCCAUACAGUCAGAGUGAACUGCGGGGGCAGACGGAGUGGAUUGUGGCAGUCCUCGACAGCGGAAAGAGCCUCAAAUAAGGUUAUUUUUUUUAUCGAGCUGUAUCGACUCACACAACAAACGCUUUUGUUUCAUUUUCGCCUACUUCUUUUUGGGAUUCGACUAACGGAACUUUUCGCUUAGCCUACUCUGGAGUUUGGAGAGCCACCCCCCCACCCCCUAGAUAUGGACAGUCGGCGACCCGCUGCAGGGAGCGACUGGCCGGUGUACACUCAGUAGUCGCUGGAAUAACACUGUAAACUCGCCGUUUGGGACUUUUUACUGGAUGUUUCAUGAAGCGCUUCGCAGUUUUGGUCAGUUCUGGUACACCGUGGAUUUACCAGGUUCAGAAACGGAAAGAUACUGGUGUUUUCCUGUCGACGAGAAGAAGGAUUUACGCUUCUAAAGUUGCAGGAAAAACAUGGAGACUGUAAGUCGGCAGAGCUUCCAGCCUCAUCCGGGACUGCAACAAACUCUCAAGCAGUUUCACCUCAGCUCUAUGAGCUCUCUUGGCGGACCGGCGGCUUUCUCUGCCCGGUGGCAACAUGAGCUUCUCUUCAAGAAGGACGGUAAGGAGCCCGAGCAGGUUCUGCAGCAUCUGCCGCCACCGGUGAUGCCGGGCCCGCUGUUCAUCCCGUCUGACCGCUCCACGGAGCGGUGCGAGACGGUGCUGGAAGGCGAGACCAUCUCGUGCUUCGUGGUCGGCGGGGAGAAGCGACUGUGCCUGCCGCAGAUCCUCAACACGGUGCUGCGGGACUUCACCUUGCAGCAGAUCAACUCGGUGUGCGACGACCUGCACAUCUACUGCUCCCGGUGCACGGCGGACCAGCUGGAGAUCCUCAAAGUCAUGGGGAUCCUGCCCUUCUCGGCCCCAUCCUGCGGCCUCAUCACCAAGACGGACGCCGAGCGGCUCUGCAACGCCCUGAUCUACGGAGGCGCCUACCCGCCGCGCUGCAAGAAGGAGCUGAGUGGAGGCUCGCUGGAGCUGGAGCUCACCGAGAGGAGCUUCAAAGUAUACCACGAGUGUUUCGGCAAGUGCAAGGGCUUGUUCGUGCCGGAGCUGUACACCAGCCCGAACGCAGCGUGCAUCCAAUGCAUGGACUGCAGACUCAUGUACCCGACGCACAAGUUCGUGGUGCACAGCCACAAGGCACAGGAGAACAGGACUUGCCACUGGGGCUUCGACUCGGCCAGCUGGAGGGCGUACAUCCUCUUGGGCCAGGAUUACUCUGGGAAAGAGGAGAAGGCCCGUUUGGAGCAGCUCCUGGACGAGAUCAAGGAGAAAUUUGACUUCGCAAACAAGUACAAGAGGAAAGCUUCGUCCAGGGCGUCUGAUCCCAUCCCGAUCAAAAAGCCCAAACACGAAGACUUCCCAUCGCAAUUCCUGCUGGCUGACAAAGAAAAGCAGCACGACUGGCUCCAGUCCCUGGCCGUCUCCAAUAAGGGGCUUAACUGCUUGCAGCCGAGGCAGAGGCCCUCUGCUUUUAGACCCUGGUCCCCCCACAUCUCGGCCGGGGAGAAGGAGCCCUCCAGUCACCCCCUGGCCCUGCUGAGAGACAGCUUCUACAACUUCAAGAGCCUGGAGAAAGCUGUGGCCCCUAACGUCGCCCUCACACCACUGCCCCUGGGGAAUGUGGGUCCCAUGUCCCCGUUGGUACCCAGCACCUCCCAUCCAAGUGGAGGUGAACCCCCAGGCGAGGGCGCCAACUCCAACUCCACCUCCAACUCCAGGCCUCACAAGAGAAGAGCCACAGGGGAGCUCCUCCCCCCGGCGAUAGAGGACCCCUGCCCUCCGUCCUCCGCUGCCAGCAAACUACUGCCGCCGGCACCUCCACCGCCACCGCCACCUCAGGACGACAAGGACUCUGAGGUGGAGAUCGAAGUGGAGAGCCGCGACGAAUUCACUUCGUCCCUGUCCUCCCUGUCGUCCCCAUCUUUCACCUCGUCCAGCAGCUCAGCCAAGGACUUGAGCUCACCGGGCGCCCAGGGGCCCAUCUGCACGGUCACGUCGGCCGAGGGCCCCGCCCCCUCGGCCGCACCGGCCGCAGCCCCAGUGAUCCCUUCAGAGCUGGGGCUGGAGUCAGAGCUGGAGAGCCUGAGGCAGGCGCUGGACAGCGGACUGGACUCCAAAGAGUCGAAGGAGAAGUUUCUGCAUGAGAUUGUUAAGAUGAGGGUGAAGCAGGAGGAGAAGUUGGGAUCAGCCUUGCAGGCCAAACGCAGCCUCCAGCAGGAGUUGGAGUUCUUGCGGGUGGCAAAGAAGGAGAAGCUGCGGGAGGCGACAGAGGCGAAGCGGAACCUCAGGAAGGAAAUUGAGCGCCUGCGAGUCGAGAGCGAGAAGAAGAUGAAGGAAGCCAACGAGUCGCGGAUCCGUCUGAAGCGGGAGCUAGAGCAAGCCCGGCAGCUGAGAGUGUGCGAUAAAGGCUGCGAGGCCGGUCGGCUCCGCGCAAAAUACUCGGCACAGAUCGAGGACCUCCAGAUGAAGCUGCAGCACGCCGAGGCCGACCGCGAGCAGCUCCGAGCCGACCUACUGCAGGAACGGGAGGCCAGGGAGCACCUGGAGAGGGUGGUGAAGGAGCUACAGCAGCAACUCUGGCCCAAAUCCAACAGUGACAAGGAGGGGACGCCCAGGGACAUGCAUGCUGACAAGUGACCCAGCAGCCAACCUCACCGCCCCACCCGACCAUUCCCUCCCCACCCCCUCCCCCCACAUUGCCGCGAUAGAGACAGAGCGCAUCGCUUUACGCUCUCCAUCGACUUGUAUUGGGUGAAGUCGCCUCCUUGUCAAUUCCAUCUGCUAGCAAACAGCAGAAGAAUGCCUAAAAGCUGCUGUGUGGUGGGAUGCACUACCAACAAUGUGUGUACCCCAGAACUUAAGUUUUUAUAAGCUGCUGACUAAGGAUGUAACCAUGCAUCAUAAAUCGGUUAAAAAUCUAUUUAAAUGUGUAAAGAUUCCAACUGGUUGAGAUAAUAAAAAAAAAAAACAUUACUACUAACAUCACACAGCAGGUAACGUUAGCCUGCCGUUAGCUCGUAAACACGGUUAAACCGCUGAUAGCUAAACAGUGUAAAGUGUGUCUGUAUUUCACUGGAAAGGAUUCCAACACCGGGACAUACAACAGUCUGCAGCUAAAGACACAGAGGGGACUACUGCCGCUGUCAGAUAAACAACAGUGACGGGACUUAAGUGUUGCGUUUGAGUACGGCUCCGUAAGCUUGUGUUGCGUUUAAUGUUAAUGUAAAAUACCCUUCUGCCAUGUAGUGUUUCUUCUCUUUUGUGUUUCUUUUGAUAAGAGGACACCUCUUCUGUUUCGCACAGUUUUAUAUAUAAAUAAAGGAAUAUUUUUCAGUCAUUUCAUUCUGUUGAGAAAACUUGUGAGAAAAUUGUGACGUGAACUUAAAAUCGUGAAUCGAAUCGUGAGUUGAGUGUAUCGUUACUUCCCUACCGCUGACCCGAAAAACAUUUUGUUACCAAGUCAAAUAUCCAAAUGUCAGUUUUAUGCGAACUAAAUGUCUAUAGGUUAAGCGAACACACAUAACGUCGGACGUAUCGUUAGCUUUGUGUCAGGAUUCCACAGUCUCCCCCUUCUCUCUGCUGAUUCCUCACGUCUGUAUCCACUUUUGUCUUCAUAAAAACUCAGUUUUUUGGGUCGGCAGCUUAUAAAAACUUAAGUUAUGAGUUCUUCACAUUGUUGGAAGUUAAUAGCACCACACAGCAGCUUUUAGGAGUGUUUCCGUUGUUUGCUAGCAGACGGAGUUGAGGAGGAGGAAACUUUUCCGCAAUACAAAGUCAAUGGAGAGCAGAAAGUUCUUCUUUUCCCCUCCGGUGGGGACGCGGGACUGUCUCUAUCCCCAACGUCUUCUGCCCAAAUCAGACCAUAAACACACCCAGAUGUGCCGGAGCACCACUGUUCAUCAUGCCUGCCCCGCAGAACGCCCAGAUAAGACUCUCGCCCUCCAACCAGAGACGAAACCCGAGGGGCCGGUGUUCUUAUCCACGCCCAUGAAAAGUCAAGUGAGUGGUUUCCUUGGAAAAAUGACUGGAAACAGCAAAGUACAAUGCCGCAACAAGGAAACAGGUGUUUCUCUAAAUCAAGCACUGACUCGCACCUUCCAAACUCACAGAACUUAAAACGGGAUCCCAAGAAUGAAAGAAAAAGAAACGGACGUUAUAGCACAAACUGUGGCCGUGUCUGGGUUUUCUCCGAACAAGAAAACAAAUGACGGACAUUUGUGAUAACGAAUGCUGAAAGAUGAUCAUAUUAUAUUAGAGUUAUACAGUGGUGUUACAGCUGUGCGUCCCGGGAGGGUAGGGCUCACACUUUUUUGACCGAAAAAAGUCUAGGCCGCCCACCGUCCCUCGCCGUGACGACGAUGGAGGACUUUGAAGACAUUCGAAGCUAUUUAAGAGACUACAUAGCGAAAUGUCAAAGAGACGAGUUUCUUUUGUUCCCUCUUGUUCUGUUGAAGUUUAAAAAAAUAUAUAUAUGAAAAAAAGAUACAAAUAAAAUCAGAAGAUGAACAAAAACAAAGCAAAUGAACUUUCCACAGUGCCACCGUGGUUUUGUCGGUUUUUCAGGAAGCCAUCGCAGUCCACCGAGGGGGAGGGGACAUCCAGUUCAUAGUUCAAGCGAGCCGUCUUUUCCUCCCAUUGUUGUUUUUUUAUGAAAUCAUUUCUUUCUAAUUCCUCCGUGUGGCGAGCGGGCGUGCUUGCGUUUGGGUUGGUGUGUUCUCUCUCCGGAUCAAACCCUGGAUUGGGAAUUGGAUGUAAAAAAAAAACUAAAAAAACAUGCUGUGUUUUAAAAAAAGGCACCUUUUUAAGCGAGCACUUGUUUUUUGGAUGGCCCAAUAACAAUAUCCAACAGUGUCAGCGUCAGUCAUAGUCACACUCUUGGUUGCCAAAUGUUAUUUUUAAGCAUUUGGCUUAAAACCCUGAAGUCUGUAUCUUGUAAAGAUAAAAAAGAAAUUCUCCAGAUGUGAGUGUGGCCUUGUUUUCUGCUCUUGUAACACUUGGAGCGAUGAAAGCCGGCAUGUUUUUUUUAAUUUUUUUUUUUACUCCAUCAGAACCAUCGUCUAUGACAUCAUAGUGGGCUGGACGGGGCUCCCUUGGGAAAAACCCACAAAAUGUUCAUUUUUAAUUAAAUUAAGGUAUGUAAAUAUAAAUAUAUGUCGUUGGUUUUUUUCCUUGUUUUGUUUUUUCGACUUUACAAUAAUGAAUCGCACUUUGUCGUAACAAAAAUACUGUUAUAAUGCAUUGUACUCCCACUAUUGUCUUCAAAUCUUACUUUGAGAACUUCAUCGUAUACACAUGACUGCUAACCAUAUAAAUCCAGUAAGCAUUUUGUUUGAUUAUAUGCAUCUCGAAUAAAUACUGUUGUUCUGUUUUUUUCCUUAAAGGCAAAGUCUUGUAAAUAAACGGAAAGAAAAAAAAACAAAAGGCUCUGCCCGUUGCUCGCUGAGGCACUCUGGGAUCCUUGGAACGUUUUUUUUUUUUUUUUGUAAUAUAAUUGACACAAAUGUCGCUUGAGCAGCCGGUUACAACUCAUAAACAAAUUUGACAAAAAAAAAACAACAGCAUGCGUCAGUAAGGUGAACAAAAAGCCACAUGUUCAAAGAAUAAAAUGUGAUUUUUAUUCAUAAAAAAAGAAAAGAAAGGCAGAAGCCACGGAUCGGCCUUCACACAGUGGGUACAAUGCAAUCAGACUGUACAUUGUGUUAAUGCUAUUUUUUUUUUUUCCUUUUGGUUGUUGAUGUUGUUUUUAAAAACAUGGAGAUAUUUUUAUUGCUUGUCUGUUAUGUUCACGUUUUAUUUUUUUUUUUCCAAUUGAAAACUCAUACUUUCUUUAUGCAUGAAAUUUGAGUUUGCCAUACAUAUAGUCAGUUAUUGGGCAUUGAUACCGUACAUGUAAGAGUUUUUUAUUGUGUUAUGCAAUAUAAAGCAAUUUGUCUUAUUUAGAAGAGGAAUUGGUAAUGAAUAAAAAAAAACAACACACAGUAUAUUGUUCUUAAGAAGAAGAAAAAACUUCAAAAAAUGUCAAUGCAAUGCUGGACAACCUCAAGUGCCUGGACGUGGGCUUAAAGGUUUCCAGAGUAGGAACAGUGAUGAUGAAGCUGUCGGGGCUGGGCCUCUCAUCAACUUCCUGUUUGCAGGUUUCAAAUUAAAAGCUCCAUCCCUCGCGCAGCAGCUCUUUUUAUCAGUAUUCUUAAAAAACGAAAAAGAAAAAAAAAAAAACAGUUUACAAACUUGUUUUCUUUUUUUUCGGUGUAGAGAAUAAUUGAACAAAUGCUAAACGCUUAAGGCUUUUUUGCUGAAUUUUCCUUCUCCAUUUGAAAUCAAUGAUAUGCAUGUUCAAACAAUUUUUUAUAGAAGAUCUUGAAAAGCCACUCGCUUCGGUGAAUUGUUACUUUGGGUUGUAUAUAAAGACUGUUUUAUGCCCAGUUUGUUGAGGAUAAAUAAAGAGGGCAUUAUGUCAAAAAAGAGCCCUUUUUUCUUUAUCUAACGUUAUCGAUGUUGCUCAGAGAACGACACUGCGUCUGCGACUUUGGCAGACCUAAAAAUUGGUACAUUUUGUAGUUCGUUUUACACUUAAAACGAGUCGAUAGCCUACGCGUAGUUUACUUUACUCAACGGUUUUCUACAAAAGAAAAGGGAGACGGUAACGACAUUGGCUCUUCGCUCUCCCGCGCAAAAAAAAAAAAGAGGAAAAAAAGCAGUUUGACGGCGUCUUGUUUUCUAAAGGAGAAUCAUUUUUGCUAAACAAUGGACAGUAAAGCAGCAAUAACAGUCCAUAUUAAUAGACAAAUACUAGCCAGUGUGAAGAUUUGAAUAAGAAUUUACAAAUGUAAAUAGUUUUUUUUUUUUUUUUUUUCAUUUUACGAUAUUGUAUAAUAUAUGUACAUGGUGUUUCCUUUUUCAAAAAGAAAUCUUUUCUUACAAUAGCUGUCUUUUUUGUUUUGAAUUUUGAAUUUGUGUUUUAACUGAGAUGUUUCAAAAACAGCAGUGCGUAAGAGAAUAUUCCCUACAUAAACAUUUUAAUCCAUUUCUUUUUUUUUUUUUCUUUUUUUUUACUGUAGAGUCUUUAUAUCGAAUGACUUUUUUCACCAGUUCAUAUAUAUAUUUUUAACAGUAUGUUCAGUAUCAGAUAGCAGACCUACCUUACGGGUCGCGCACACACACACGACUACGCCACCUUGCAGAUUGUCGUCGUCGUCGUCCCCAUCCCCAAUCAUCCUCAUGUAUCUUUUUAGCCCUGUGCUGCUGCUAAUACUAUAUAAACUUUACAGUUCUAGAAAUAUUUUUAUGUAAGAGGUAAAUGUAAGCUUUCCCCAUUUAUUAACGCCACAUAUACAGUAUGGAAAAAAAAGAAAAAGAAGCUUGGCUUAUUCAUCUAUCUUCCUUGUUUCCCCUCAUCUUUUAACGCCUUUUUCCUCCAUCCCUCCCAACACACCCUUUCCUCUUCUCUCACGACACGGACUAUAUUGUAAAGUAAAGGACUUUAUGAGAUUAUGUUUGAAAAUAGCUAUGCUUAUAUACUACAGUGACUGAAUGUACAGUGUAUAGAUGCAUUACCAGAAAUAAAGUUGUUUGUCCA